CAAACAAUAUGGAAGAUGUGCCUGAGAGUAGUCUACAACUCUGGAACCAGUUUAAUGAUUAUUUUACAGUUCACUGACUUAUUUUGCAAUUGGUGUGUGGCAUAUUUAUUUUACUGUGACACAGACCUUUAUUUAUACUUUGAACCUUUUGGAACAUUACAGAAGACCAGUCAAUUCAUCCAAGAGCUGAAGGUGGAUUUGGACUUUACUGGAGAUGAUGUUCUACAGAUUUACUCCCCAGACGCCCAGCACUGUCAGCUCGCCUGCACACAACACCAUUCCUGUUUAUUCUUCACAUUUCUCCGAGCUGAUUGGAGCAAAGACAACAGGACAUUCCUCUGCUACCUGAAACGCACAGCCACUGGGAUCCCGUCUCAUGUUGCAGACCUGAAGGGUGUGAUCUCAGGCUUCAAACUUGUGCCUCAGGCCUACAAAACAUAUACCUGUCUGUCAUCUACAUAUCAGGAUGUAGAUUUCACAGGAUUAGAUUAUCUCCAGUUGACCUUAAAUACCUCUGAUGACUGCCAGAAGCAAUGUACCCGUGAUCCAGACUGUAAUUUUUUUUCAUUCACAACAGAGACCUUCCCAGAUGCAGAAACAAGGAAAAAAUGCUUUCUAAAAUUCGGCUGGACUGUUCCACUACCAUCAGUACUCAUAAAAACACCUGGUCUUGUGUCAGGUUUUUCAGAUUCGUUGGUUAAAGAAGAAUGUAAGGAGGAGAUCUUUGCCGACACACACUAUAGAGGAAAUGACUUUGAGAACGUCCCUGCUGCCUCACCUCAACACUGCCAGUUCCUGUGCAGCACACAUCCCCGCUGCACCCAUUUCACAUAUACAACUUCAAAAUAUUCUACUGAGCCCGAGAUCAAUAUGCAUUGCUUCCUGAAGCAUACACAAGAUGUAAGCCAGCUAGAACCAGUUAGAGAAGAAGAACUUUUUUCUGGAUUCCCCAUACGAAAUUGCAAGCCCUCAAAUGUUUGGGCUACAGCACGCUAUGAAGGCCUUAAUUUCUUUGGCCAUGAUUACCAUGAUUUUAAAACGGACACGUCUGAGCUCUGUCGAGAAAUGUGCACAAAAGACCAAGAUUGCCAUUUUUACAGUUAUGUCUUACCAUCUUACCGUGAUAUGGGCAUCAGGAAAAAAUGCUUUCUAAAAUUCCGCUGGACUGUUCCACUACCAUCAGUACUCAUAAAAACACCUGGUCUUGUGUCAGGUUUUUCAGAUGCAUUGCAAAAGACUAAUGGAUUUAAAGAAAAAUGUAAGGAGGAGAUCUUUGCCAACACACACUAUAGAGGAAAUGACUUUGAGAACGUCCCUGCUGCCUCACCUCAACACUGCCAUUUCCUGUGCAGCACACAUCCCCGCUGCACCCAUUUCACAUAUACAACUUUCAGUUAUUCCAGUGAUCCAAAGGUCAAUAUGCAUUGCUUCCUGAAGCAUUCACAAAAUGUAACCCAGCUAGUGCCAGUUAGAGAAGAAGAACUUUUUUCUGGAUUUCCAAAACGAAAUUGCAAGCCCUCAAAUGUUUGGCUAAUAACACGUUAUGAAGGCCUUCAUUUCUUGGGUCAUGAUUACCGCGAUUUUAAAACAGACACGUCUGAGAUCUGUCGAGAAAUGUGCACAAAAGACCCAGAUUGUCAUUUUUACACUUAUGUCCUACCAUCUUACCGUGAUGAGAGUAUCAGGAAAAAAUGCUUUCUAAAAUUCCGCUGGAAUGUUCCACUACCAUCAGUACUCAUAAAAACACCUGGUCUUGUGUCAGGUUUUUCAGAUUCGUUGCAAAAGACUAAAGAAGAAUGUAAGGAGGAGAUCUUUGCCAACACACACUAUAGAGGAAAUGACUUUGAGAACGUCCCUGCUGCCUCACCUCAACACUGCCAGUUCCUGUGUAGCACACAUCCCCGCUGCACCCAUUUCACAUAUACAACUUCAAAAUAUUCUACUGAGCCCGAGAUCAAUUUGCAUUGCUUCCUGAAACAUACACAAGAUGUAAGCCAGCUAGAACCAGUUAGAGAAGAAGAACUUUUUUCUGGAUUUCCAACACAAAAUUGCAAGCCCUCAAAUGUUUGGGCAACAGCACACUACCUGGGCCUCCACUUCUUGGGCCAUGAUUACCGUGAUUUUAAAUCAGACACAUCUGAUAUCUGUCGAGAAAUGUGCACAAAAGACCCAGAUUGCCAGUUUUACACUUAUGUCCUACCAUCUUACCAUGAUGAGAGUAUCAGGCAUGGAUGUUACUUGAAGCAUGUCAUGACUCUACCCAGACCUGAAAAGGUGGUGUACAGGCAUGGUGUGGUGUCUGGCUUCUCUCUGAGGAACUGUAAAACUAGUGACUAAGCGUCUACAGCCCACCUUGGUUUGUUGGUUUAAGUGUUACAAAAAAAAUUAACAAAAUUAUUUACUUUUAUUAUAUAGAUUUUGUCAAGCAAUUACACAUAAUCAAAGUGACUCAGCAAUAUUUUAUUCCAUUUUAAAAGUCAGAGUACUUACAUGUAAUGUUUUAGAUAUUUUACAAGUUAAAGAAUGGUUUUAUUUGUUGUUUAUGUUAUAAGUUGUCUUGGAUCUGGGCCAGGUUGGGGCCCCAGAAGAUACACUGACAUGUAAAAUUGGACUAUUGACAUUAUACAGUGUGGGUCUGCCUGUGCUUCUUAAGGACUGACACCUUCCUUUUGUUAAUUAUGUAUGGGAACAAUUGCAGCCACUAUAUACAAUCAUUUGCCUAAGAGUACACAAAUAAUAUUAUUUUGCUGUCUAAUAGUUAUCCAGCCAAAAAGUGCUUUCAUAAUCUCAAGCCAAUAUCUAAGCACUGUCUUAAGUAUUGUCUUGUUUCACAAAGCCACUAGACUUUGCCCUGCAGUAUUCUUACUGUUGUUUGGAACAUUCAUUCUUGACUAAUAAAAGCAUUUCACAGCACAUCAUUAUACCCAUCAAUUGCAGAGUGCUGAUUUGUAAUCGUCACAUGUUUUUUCCCUUUGUUUCAUAAAGAUAAUACCAUAAAGAUGUGUAAGGUGAGAGAAAUGAAAACAAAGAGAAAAUAAAAACUGCACUGUAUAAACGUGUAAACUGCUAUUAUCGAAUAGCAAUUGAAUCUAAUGCCCUCUUGCAUUUAGUGAGGAACAUCCUUUCAGCUGAAUAUAAAUCUGUUACAUUCACUCUGAUCCAUAUUAAAAAGCUGAUUAUCUAUUAAUGCUUGAUGGUGAACACAAAAAUAAAUCUUUUUAAGUUCA